UUGAAAGAAUAUCAAUGUUGGUGAUACUGCUGAACUGCGUGACCUUGGGGAUGUACCAGCCCUGCGUCGACGACCAGUGCGUUACCAAUAGAUGCAAGAUACUACAGGUUUUCGACGACGUAAUCUUCGCAUUUUUCACUGUAGAAAUGACGAUCAAAAUGGUAGCUAUGGGUGUUUACGGACACGGCACAUAUCUCGCCGAUUCAUGGAAUAGAUUAGAUUUUUUCAUCGUAAUGGCAGGGGCCCUUGAAUAUGCAUUGAACGUGGAGAAUAUAAACCUAUCCGCAAUCAGGACCAUAAGAGUAUUGCGACCAUUGAGGGCAAUUAACAGGAUACCAAGUAUGCGGAUCCUGGUGAUGUUGCUUCUCGACACGUUGCCGAUGCUUGGAAAUGUCCUCCUGCUGUGUUUCUUCGUGUUUUUCAUAUUCGGCAUAGUCGGAGUCCAGCUUUGGGAAGGAAUACUAAGGCAGCGUUGUGAACUUGUGCUACCACCAAACGUGCUUCGGCCCAACAUAUCAUUCUACUACGAGUUCUCGAAAGAGCUGGACUAUAUCUGCACGACCCCAGAAGAUAGCGGGAUGCACCUAUGUGGAGACUUCCCACCGUACCGAUACGGCCCGCUGGUCUGCAACGAGACUGCCAAACCAUACUCCUACAACAUUCCCACCAACACAUCAUGUGUUAACUGGAACCAAUACUACACUAACUGCACUCAAAGGGGCUCCAACCCUUUUCAAGGAACGAUCUCCUUUGAUAAUAUCGGGCUCGCGUGGGUCGCUAUCUUCUUGGUAAUAUCUCUAGAGGGAUGGACGGACAUAAUGUAUUAUGUACAAGACGCACACAGUUUCUGGGAUUGGAUUUACUUUGUUCUCCUCAUUGUGAUUGGGUCGUUUUUCAUGAUUAACCUGUGCCUAGUCGUGAUAGCGACUCAGUUCAGUGAGACAAAGAAGCGUGAGAUGGAGAGAAUGCGGGCAGAGCGGGCUCGGUUCACCUCAUCGUCAACCCUGGCUUCGUCCACCAACAAUAGUGAACCAGCUACGUGUUAUGCUGAGAUUGUCAAAUACGUCGCACAUCUCUGGAGAAGAUUUAAAAGAAGAAUGGCUAAGAAAAUCCGGGUGUACCGCUACCAGCGCGCUCAAGUGCGGUGGAGGACGAGCCGAGAGACCCUUCAGCUUCCAGCAAACAGACCGAAGCAGCACCACCCUUGUUGCCCGCGCGUUCAUCCACAAACGGGGGCAAAGGGGGGUGAGGAAGGGGGAGAGGAGCCCCUCAGCCGGCCCAGCCUGUUGCGCGUGCCUUCGCUCUCCGCCGCCGAUUUAGAGAAUGCAUCGAAUCUAUCGCUUCUGUCCCCGCCGUCUCUGGCUCGCCGGAGGUCGUCGGUAAUGUUCAGCGACACAGUUCUACUCCACGCUCCAAACGCUCCACAUUUGGCCCACCCACACAACGUAUGCUCUUCCGAGAAAAUGACUCAAACAGAAUUCGACCUGCCGGCAGGCGACACUGCUGAAGAGCGAGCAGCGGCAGGGGGCACCAUGUCUUGUCAGGAGUUGUUGGCGUUAUCUGGAGCUCUUUCCGCUGCUCUUCCAACAGGACAAGUCGCUUUGGACUCCUUCUUUGAAGAACUAACCAAAGGAAUCAGCAAACGAGCCGGAGAAGAGAAAUCUGACUCUAAAAACUUAGAAAUAGAAGACUUCUCGUGUUGCGCUGAACUGUUAACAGCGGAAGCAAUCGCUAGAGAAAACAGUAAAGGUCGCUUCUCUAGCGCUUGUUCAACAUUUUGGAAGAAAAUAUCCAAAUUCUUCUCGUGGUUGAGAAAACACGUCAAAAACAUCGCCAAUCACAAAUAUUUCCAACAAGGUAUUUUACUGGCUAUUUUAAUCAACACUCUAUCAAUGGGAAUAGAAUACCACAACCAACCCGAAGAAUUGACAGUCAUAGUUGAAAUCAGUAAUAUUGUAUUCUCUGCGAUAUUUGCCGUGGAAAUGCUGCUUAAAGUUAUCUCGGAAGGACCAUUCAAAUACAUCGCCAACGGAUUUAAUGUGUUUGACGGUAUAAUUGUAAUUUUAAGUGGUUUCGAAUUAGCCCAAAAUAUGGCCAACGAGAAGGAUCUAGCGGGAAGCUCUGGAUUGUCGGUGUUACGCACGUUUCGACUUCUGCGCAUACUGAAGUUAGUACGGUUCAUGCCAAACCUGCGCCGACAGCUGUUCGUAAUGCUACGAACUAUGGAUAAUGUCGCAGUCUUCUUCUCGCUACUCGUCCUAUUUAUAUUUAUAUUCAGCAUCCUCGGUAUGAACCUCUUCGGGUGCAAAUUCUGCGAGAAAGAUGACGAUGGCGAUACGGAAUGCGACAGAAAAAACUUUGAUACCCUCUUGUGGGCCUUUGUCACGGUGUUUCAGUUUUGCAAGUUCGUCGAAGACAAUGGCAGCGAGCGCGACUGUACCUGCCCCGAAAUCAUCUCGCACCAUCCCAAGUGUGAGUGCGACAGAAAACAUUUUAAUAAUAUCCUCUGGGCUACCGUCACCGUAUUCCAGGUUUUAACGCAAGAAGAUUGGAAUGUUGUCUUGUUUAAUGGAAUGGAAAAGACCAGCCAUUGGGCCGCUUUAUAUUUCGUGGCGCUAAUGACGUUUGGGAAUUACGUUCUGUUCAACUUGUUGGUAGCUAUUCUGGUCGAAGGAUUCAGUUCGGAGCGAAAUGAAAGAAGGGAACGUGAACAGCGUGAGUUGGCGAAGUCGAAAUUGUCGAGUGAAUGCUUCUCGGAUAACAACGAGAUACAAUACGACGAGUCGAACUCGGGAUCGCAUUCCAGCGACAGUUUCUCCCAGAAUGAAAUAAAAAACUACUGGCGUUCAGCGGAUGACGUCCGCAGGGCUAAAGGUGACCCGAAUGCGUCCAAAGAAAAGAACAUAAAAUCUCGUCGUAAGACCAAAUCUGGACACCAUCCGACCCUCUGCAAGGACUGCGCCCAAUCCAAUAAAUGUAAUCUACAAAAGGAAUCUAAGAUGCUAGCAAACACCGCUGCUAACGAUACAAUUCUACCGAUGAUCACCCACACGGCAGCCACUCCUCAAGACUCGCCGUCCACUACGCUUGAGCCUGGCGCCUCGUUUAGAGACUUCAACAUGACCCUUAGCUUGGAGAAGUCUUCUUUAGUGUCCAGCCUGGACUCCAUCGAUCGGACCUCAUGCACAAGCAUCCCCGGCUUGCUUAAGCCACCGAAUAGCUACACGCUGACUCUGCACUCAGCAGCUGCUCAACUGGGAGCUGAGAAAGCGAGACUGCCACCGAUGACUUUAGCCCCUCCACCCUUAACCCUUGGCCCACCCCCUCUCAGAUCAUCUUCCCCGGGAUCCGCUCCCUCCACACCCAGGUCAAUGCCGUCACCACUACUACCAGAGAAAAACCUUCAAGUCACAAUAGCGAAGGACGACAAUUGUCUCAAUGUCAGUGAUAAGUCGAGCCUCCUAAGUUCACAAAAGAGCGUAACUGUGUCAAGUCCAGUUGGGAACGGCGACGACAAAUGCAGGGUUCAAAGAGGCUACAGCUGGCGGCUCUCACGACCCAGUCUGCGGAAGAAACCCAAACACAGAACCGGGUCCGAUUCUGACACUAUUGUACUUAAUAAUGGAAGAGACCAUGCCGUCUGUAACGGCUCAAGUCUGCGUAAGAACGAGCUGCCCCUUUCAUCUUCAAUGGUGAUAAAGAAUGACACCCAGUCGGAACUACCGAACAAUCGAACCAAGUCGCAGCUACCAGCUCCGAGGGUCCUGGCUCCACCAGUGAGGAAGGUGUCUGCUCAUGCCACGCCACUUCUACCAGAUGUAUCAUGGAAAGCUCCUGAGGCCGGGUUUUCAUCGGAUUCAACUGUUCGACUUGAUAAUGUCAAACCACCGCCCCACAGGCUAUCACUCACUAAUGAUUACUUGACAGUGACGUCGAUAUCAGAGGUGAAAACGAGCAACCUGAAUCCGGCACCACUACCGCUACUGGCGCCAAAACCACCUCGCAUCGACCCGCCAGCCCUACCAACUCGGUCUAACAACCAACCACUACCCUUGAUCAAACAAAUCAAUGAAGAGGUAACAAUAAAUAACAAUAUGUGCCUAUUAUCGGCGAGGUUCGAUAGGAGACGAUUUAGAUUCAAGGAUCUUUUUCGAUUCAUGGAACCAACAGGAUGUCUGAAGGAGAAAGAAGAUUAUUCCCUUUAUAUAUUCGCUCCAGACAACAAAAUGCGAAGAUUUUGCACAUGGAUGGUGACACGGGGUUGGUUCGACAAUAUUGUACUGCUAUUCAUAGCACUGAACUGUAUAACUUUAGCGAUGGAGCGACCGAACAUACCUCCAGACUCAAAGGAAAGAGCCUUUUUAUCCAGUGCCAACUAUGUAUUCACUGUUGUAUUUGCUGUAGAAAUGUUCAUAAAGGUGGUUGCAUCUGGCAUGUUCUAUGGCCCUGAAGCGUAUUUUACUUCAGGAUGGAACAUCAUGGAUGGCUCGCUCGUCAUCAUUUCCAUCAUAGACUUAUUAAUGUCCCUCGUAUCUGAAUCCAGUCCUCGAAUAUUUGGUAUUUUAAGGGUGUUUAGAUUAUUAAGGUCUCUAAGACCACUGAGAGUAAUAAAUCGAGCGCCAGGAUUGAAAUUAGUGGUACAGACACUUUUGUCUUCUUUGAGACCUAUCGGAAACAUUGUGCUCAUUUGCUGUACCUUCUUCAUAAUCUUUGGCAUUUUGGGUGUGCAGUUAUUUAAGGGGGCAUUCUUUUACUGUGAGGGUGCCAACAUAAAAAACGUUAAGAACAAGACGGAUUGUUUGGCCAUCGAAGGCAACGUGUGGGUGAACAGAAAGUACAAUUUCGACGAUUUAGGCAAGGCUCUGAUGUCACUAUUUGUGCUGAGCUCACGAGACGGCUGGGUAAAUAUUAUGUACACAGGCCUCGACGCGGUGGGAGUUGAUCAACAGCCGAUAGUCAACUACUCGGAAUGGCGUCUCCUCUACUUUAUAGCAUUCAUAUUGCUUGUGGGGUUCUUCGUACUGAACAUGUUUGUGGGUGUAGUGGUAGAAAACUUUCAUCGAUGUCGAGAGGAGCAAGAAAAAGAGGAACGAGUGAGGAGAGCCGCGAAACGAGCUUUACAGAUGGAGAAGAAAAGGCGAAAAAUGCACCAACGACCGUAUUAUGCAGACUAUUCGCAAACUCGGCUCUUUGUUCACAAUGUUGUGACAUCGAAAUACUUCGAUUUGGCGAUUGCUGGAGUGAUUGGCCUUAACGUAGUAACUAUGGCCAUCGAAUAUUACAGAAUGCCGCCGGCUCUACAAUACGCUUUGAAGAUUUUUAACUAUUUCUUCACAGCAGUUUUUAUUUUAGAAGCAGUCAUGAAAUUAGUAGCAUUAGGUUUUAAAAUCUACCUUAAAGACAAAUGGAAUCAGUUAGACGUUAUCAUAGUAAUAUUAUCCAUAGUGGGAAUAGUAUUAGAAGAAUUAGAAACGAAUAUAAUUCCAAUCAAUCCAACCAUAAUGAGGGUAAUGCGGGUGUUAAGGAUAGCGAGGGUGCUUAAACUGUUGAAAAUGGCAAAAGGCAUAAGAGCAUUGCUGGACACAGUAAUGCAGGCACUCCCACAGGUUGGAAACUUGGGGCUGCUAUUUUUUCUCCUUUUCUUCAUUUUCGCGGCAUUGGGAGUGGAACUGUUUGGUAGAUUGGAAUGUUCUGACGAAAUUCCAUGUCAAGGGUUAGGUGAGCAUGCUCAUUUUGCAAAUUUUGGCAUGGCUUUCCUAACACUAUUCCGAGUGGCGACGGGUGACAACUGGAACGGCAUCAUGAAGGACACACUCCGUGAGGAUUGCGACAGCUCCGUGGACUGCGUGCGCAACUGCUGUGUCUCCACCAUCAUCGCGCCCAUAUUCUUCGUGGUAUUCGUGUUAAUGGCGCAGUUCGUUCUUGUCAACGUUGUUGUUGCAGUCUUAAUGAAACACCUAGAAGAAUCCCACAAACAAAUGGAAGAUGAAAUUGAUAUGGACGUAGAACUCGAGCGUGAGUUAGAGCGUGAGGCUGAUGAUGAAGAAGACCGAGCUCUCUGCCGCGCACUAGAGCAGUGCACGAGCCCGCCGCGGCCGCUAAACAAGGUACCGUCUCUCCCUGCCAACUUCACAUACAGUGAACCCAAGCAACCGAUACCGUCACCCGCACGCCGCCGGCGCACGUUGCACUCGCACACAGCUUUGUUGCCGUCGUCACUACCUCCGAGAAGAUAUUCCUUAUCACCUCAUGCCUUCGGGCGACGUCGACAGGACUCUACAUCGGACGCACCAGCGGCUCUAUACGAAGAAGACGCGAGGUUUAUUGACGCCGAUGACGUCGAUGAACUGGAACCUGGUAGUCCACCUCGGCGCGAUUCCUUUGCGCAUAACCGAAGGCAACGAGCUGACAAACGGAAUUCUCUUCGAGGCGAGGAGGCCAGGCUACUGCGCCCGGCUCCCGUCUUACUCGCUGUACCGUCAAGUCGGCCAACCGCUAGGUUAAGUGGCGCCAAAAGAAAACUUUCCACUGAAUCUGCAGCGACUAGUGAUACAAGUCAUGCAUCUGCACGAUCUCAAAAUUUGGUGACACCUGAAUUCACGGAUCAACCUAUCAGCGAGGAAGAGAAGAUAAGAAUAGUGAUCGCUGAAAGACGAAAGAUGGAUGCUUCAAGACCCGAGCCGGAUGAAGUGGUGGAGCUGUCGGAGCGAGGCUCCUAGUCCAGGCGGGGCCGGCCGCAGCAACACCAUGAAGUCUACAUCUAGAUGCCACAGACGUGACAUCUGGGUGGGCGCUCCCUUCCUUCACCUUGCACAAUCCUCUUCUCAUAUCUCUAUCCUGUGUGCUCAGUGAAUUGUGAAAGAUUGAACUCGGUUGCACGAAAUAAUGCAAGACAAAAAGGAUUUUAUAAAC